AUGGAUCAUCUCCGCUCAUUGCAAUACACUCCGGUACGCCGAAGUGAGGAUGAGAAGUUCCAGGAUCUCCCAACACACCGUUCUUUUCCGCCCGCAAUAUCGUACUUGGGAUGGAUUUUAGCCACCGUCUUUGCGUUCACCACUUCUUUUCUUCUCUUUCGGCCGCUGGUGGUGAUCGGCCACAACGACAUCGCUCCCGCUGGCCCCUUCAGUAAUGGAUUCCCGACCGAGUUCAACCCCAUCAAGCCAUACAUCAAAGAGAAACAAACCAUGUUCUAUGGAGGACCCCGAUGGUACAACAACGGCACCAGCUAUCGUGUCCAGAACCCAUCCCAGCCUAUCUAUGUUGGACCACCAAAUGACGACAUGGACAAGGCAUGGGACGCGCUGCUUAAGAACCGUUACUUCACAGUCACCGAAGAAGAAGCAGAGAUGACUUUUGGCAAGCCACACGGUGUGUACAACCACACAAAUGGACUGGGCUAUCUUGUUGGUCUUGACGUAUUACACACCCUGCACUGCGUCAAUGAACUCAGAAGAGCUCUUGACAAGGACCACUACUACAACAAGAAAACCAAAAAGGGUUAUCCGGAGAGAGCUCACCGAGAUCAUUGUCUAGACCACAUCAGACAGCAGUUGAUGUGUCAUGCUGAUCUAACCCCAAUACCGGUAAUUUGGUACCCCGGUUAUAAGAGAAGCUUUGUCCAAUCGGAUGUGGUACACACUUGUCGAGAUUGGGACUCUAUCAAGGAAUUUGUAGCAAAUCGAUAG